AUGCCACUGAGCGUUCUGAGGCAUUAUCUUCGUCGCUCAACACCAAGCUUCGUUGCGGUUCUUUCGCUCUAUCGUCCAGGACAGAUCGGUCAGCAAUUUGUUUUGAGUGAAGCUUUACAUACCACAAGCUCGAACUCGGCGGCUGUACAGACAGCAAACCUUACACAAUGUCAUUAUCCCAACGACAGGUCAGCCUUGGCGCGGAAUCCGGAGCGCUUUGCUACUGUCGACCUCGACGCUCUCGACGGAGGUGACAAAGCGUCCUCCGGCUUCUGUGACUACUCUCCAGAGGAUGAAAUACAAACCAGAGCAACGUCCGAAUCCUCGCCAGAUUUCGCAAGUACAUCAGGCUACGGGAAAUGGGAAAGCCUUUCGAAGAACCAUGCACGGCUGAGAGAAGAAUCGACACCUCCCCCGCCCGGAACCGAUGGAGGACGACUAAUAGAUAGCCCCGAAGGAGAGGUGGAUCUAGCUUUAUGGGCAUGCCUUUUGGAUUUCUGUCAGAGAACUGUGUCUCUUGACGGAGCGGUUUAUCUAGUGAGCGAACUCUUCCGACGCCGGAAGCUUUACCAGACAGACCAUCCCUUGGCCGAGAAUUUCUGGCAAACUGUAGUGGAUCUCUGUAUCCAUGACGACACGCUACUCGAACAGCUUCUCGGACACGCCUUGUGGAUGCAGGACAAGCGAGACACCCGCUGGCCUCAGCUCUAUGGUUCCAUAAUGAAUCCUUUGGUGGCCAGUCGUCAAAUCAACCGUGCUUUUCGUUGGCAUCUUCUGUUGAAUUCCUUCGCAGCUCCCACCAGGACAGAAUUCGUCGAAGUUCUCAAGACGGCAGUUCUGGAUGAGGAUCAAGAUGUCAAGAACCUGCUGCAGAGUAUCUACAUAACGAGCACGCAUCGCGGCCUGUAUGACAUCCUGGUACCAUUCUUCUGGGAGCAGGGUCUCUGCGGCAUGGCACAAAGAUGGAGGCACACCUUCAUCAGACACAACGACGGCCCCCGCUCUCGAGCCUCACAACCAUUCAUUAGGUAUUUUGCAGCCUACUUCCCACAGAAGCCUUUAGUAGAGCAAGAAGUCGGAAUAGCCGGUCUUGAUACCGAGUUUACUGAACUCGAAGGGUCUGCAGAGGACGUGGGCGGCGACGUCAGUGCGCUCUUGACCUUUCUUGGCGGCAGGCCUCUUGGAACGGACGAAACGUACAAUGAUACCCUUGGGGCAAGGUGGUUUGCUAGCUCAUGGAUAUCUCUUGAGACUGCCAUAGACUUUGUGCAUGCAUUGGGAGUCUCGAGGAUUGGGCCUCUAUCACUUCAGUCGAUCGCACUGCGUGAAAAGUCAACUGCAGAUCUGGUUCAUCGACUCAAGCAACUCGACAGCUGCGGAAUACGGAUUGGUGCUUCCAGGUAUGCGCGGGCCGUUAGGUACAUGGCAACAUCUGGGGACUGGAACACGCUCCAAGACCUGCUUCGCUCGGAUAUACACCCCGAUGUUUUUGAUGACGAUGCAGCCCAGGAAAAGAUCCGAAAGGCGUGCCAGAUGGCCAAUGAUUGGAAAACAUACCGGAUGCUCACUGCUGUUAGGGUUGCUGAGACGCUUGACGGAGUGACCAUCGAAUACAACAAUUACCUGUCAUCCGCGGACCUACUCUCGAAACGGGUUGCGACAAAGAUCUUAAGCCAGAUGCAAGCCAGCGACAUACCUCUCUACGCCUCAACAAGCGCCCACAUGUCCCAGUACAUGCUGGAUCACAUGCCACAUAGGCAGUAUUACCUAGAUCCAGAUACCGACUACUUCCUUAAGCUUAGCCGUCUGAUGCUAGCUACUCCAUAUCCCCCUCCAGCCAGAGUGUGGCAGAGUCUCCUGGACUCGCUUAGCUACACCCUAGACAUAGACCGGCUGGAGGAGGUGAGUCUAGAGAUUGUUCACCACUACUGGGAUCCCAAAAGAGAUCACCAACCUAGUAUUAAAAUACCAACUGCCGAUGUCCCUCCAACGUUCCACGCGCUGCAGCCAGACAAGCCCUUUCAGACACUACCUCGCGACCUACCUUUGACGAACAGCAGCCAUCCAAUCGCCAAGAUAUUCAAUCAUCAAUUCCAGCGGCAUAUUGUUCGUCGUGCCUUCAAAAGUGCACUGGUCCGCCGCUCUAAGCCGUGCCGGCUCAGUUCGAGAUCAUCAGCGGCAGACUACGGUAUUGCCCGAGGUGUAAAGUUUCUGGCAGACUUGAAAAAUGCAGGUGUCAAUGUCCCGGAUCUUACAGUUCGGAAAGCUGUCAUAUCCUGCCUUGUAGACUUGUUCAGCUUCGACUGGGUGCCUCGACAGCACUUCUUGACGAAACUGACCGCUGCCAACCAGUACACUCUUGAUGAGGCGAGAGAUCUAUUCAACGAGGCAUGGGGAGGCUCUUUACUCCCGGCCGGAGAAGAGUUGCAGAGAAUUAUUGAUGUCGAGGGCAUGGCACGACAGCAACGGAAAGAAACGCGCAUUAUGAAAAUGGAAGCGCGUCAUGGGAUGUCACAGAUCGAGCUUCGGCGCGAAAUAUUUCUCAGUAUUGCUCGCAUUGUGAGCUGGUUAGAGAAGAUGGCCCGUUGA